GCACUGCUGCUGUGCCUGGGUCUCCAUCUCCUCCAAGCAGUUCUGGGCACCACUGUGAUUCCUUCCUGCAUCCCGGGAGAAUCCGAAGAUAACUGCACAGCAUUAGUUCAGAUAGAAGACAAUCCACGUGUGGCUCAAGUGUCAAUAACCAAGUGUAGCUCUGACAUGAACGGCUACUGUUUGCAUGGACAGUGCAUCUACCUGGUGGACAUGAGUCAAAAUUACUGCAGGUGUGAAGUGGGGUACACUGGUGUCCGAUGCGAGCACUUCUUUUUAACCGUCCAACAGCCCUUGAGCAAAGAAUAUGUGGCUUUGACUGUGAUUCUCAUUAUCUUGUUUCUUGUCAUAGUUGCUGGUUCCAUAUACUACUUCUGCAGAUGGUACAGAAAUCAAAAAAGUAAAGAGCCCAAGAAGGAAUACGAAAGGGUGACGUCAGGGGAUCCAGCAUUGCCACAAGUCUGAAUGAGGCCAUCAAGCUACCAGCAGGGAUGGUUAUGCACGCCUGGUUAUGUUAAUAUUCCUAUUUUAUUAAUAAUAUUUAUGUUGGAUCACGUGAUAAGUCGACAAUGGCGCACUUUUAAUAUAUUUGGACAAGUUUUUUUUAUUUUUGUUUUAUUUUUGACAGACUAUUUGCUAAUGUAUAAUGUAUAAGAAAUAUAUAAUAUAGAAAAAAAGUCAAUAUUUUUGUAAGAAAUAAUUUCCUGGACUAAAUGCUUUAGCUCCAAAGCUUAGUUGCCGGCUACGCCAUGUUUAGGAGUGAAGGAUGUCCAGUUUGUUGCUCAGGAAGUGUCACAAAUGACAGAUUUCUGUUAAGCCUAAAUAUAUGGUCAAAUCAACUCAAAUAAGUAUAUUUUCCUACUCCAAUUAGCGAUAACUGGUUUGACUAUAUUGUAGUUUGAUGUAUGACUUGGCACGAUGGUGUUAUGUAUCAAAACACUAAUGUGAUGGGAAUUGGGAAGAAGCAAAUCUGGAUCCUGUGCUAAACGCUACACACUGGGAACAACCUAAACUGGGGAGGACUGUGUCCCCCUACCCCAUCCUCCACCGUGGCUCCAUGUUUAGUGGCCUGGAAGGAAGGUGGGCAGUUCCUUACUCUACCCACAAUUCCUGCAGAUACGAGUCACCCAUCUGCAGCUUCUCCUUGCAUUAAAUGGAUUGACAACUUCAUUUUAUACCAUCUUUCAUGUAAAUAGUAGGCAUUUUAUAGCUUCGUGAUGUUUCUUUUCUUUUCAGUACAACAUUUAUGUGAGAUAACUGUCACUCAUGAGACAAUUAAAAAAAAUCCACACUAGGAGCCCGAAUUUGGGCUUCUUUUCAAGGGUAUUUCUUUUCAUAGGGACUUUGAUUAAGAAUCCUAAGAUUAAGUCGCAGUCCAAAAUUUGAGGGACUAAUCACCAUUUAAAAAAUAAGACAAUAAUUCUAUCUAUUGUCCAAAGAUGGUAAUACAGUUAUUUCAUCUUCUAUGCAAGAGAGUUUUAACUUAAAACAAUGCAGCUAAGUAGCUCCUUCUGCAAUUUAAAAUUAUAUGGUUAAAGUAAUCUCCUGAUAUAGGAUGUAGAAGAAAUAGAUCACAGUGUAUUUUCCCAAAUGAACAAAUUCAUUUGAAAACUUCUGAAAUUUAGAGACUUAACCAUGCCUUCUUUUGGAGACUGAGAUGAAACCAGGGCCCGGUUUUCUGUCUUUUGUUUAUUUUGGGGGGAAGAGAAGAAGGUUUCUCGUGUGCUUGAGACCAUGGUCUCAUUGAGUUAAUAAGGGUACCUGGAGCAACCGAAUAAGGAACACCUCCCAGUCUCAGGGGAGACUGCCUCAUUGAAUACUAGGCCUAUGGGUAGAGUCUCUCAGCAUCACACACCUUGUUAGGGAGGGUCUAUUCUUUUUCCACCUUUUUUCCUGGGAGGUGCUAGGGCAACAAAGAGAAAAGAAACAAUGGCUGACUUCUGAAGUGCCAGGUGCCAGGAUUUGCCUCCAUAUAGAUGUCUCCCUUCUUUCUCCCCUUCAUUUGUGCCCUGGUGCUUUCGUAUGACUCUUUCCCAAAGUGUUGGAUCUGGUCCCUUACUAUUAGGGGAAAAACACACACGUGUGUGUGUGUGUGUAUAAAAUAUACAUAUAUAAAAUAUAUAUAUUCAUAUGCAAAAACACAUGUACACGUGAGCUCAUAGAAUUAUAGUCAUUUGUUGCUCUUUCAAAAAUAGAUGAAAUCUAAAAACAAGAUGAAGAGAAAUAAAAUAAAAUUCAGUGAGAUCUAAAAGGAUAUUUCUGGCUCCUAUUUAAUAUAGCUGAAGUCAAAUGUGCUGUGUAAGAACACAUCUUAGGUCCUACACAUUCUUACUGACACCUACUAGAUGUAAAUGAAGUCUGCCUAUUUUAAGUGAUCUUGAUGGUGUCAAAGAAAACUGACUUACUGAGAAUUCAACAGCAAUUCACUUAUUUAACUUACAAAAAGGGAGUUACAUUGGUUUAUCUUAAACAUCUCAAUUCAUAUUAUGUAACUAAUUGUAAGUACUUUGAGGUGUUUUUAAUUUUAAGGAUGCCUAAAAAAACUAGCCCCUGUAAAGAAUAAAUCUAUAUUUAUAAAUGUAUAUUAAAUAAUAAAGAGAUAUGACCCAGAUUGUGUCCUAUGGGUGAAAAUAAGUCAGAAAUAAUUGUUUUAAUGAGGGUAAUUCUGAGCAGACGUAGCAGAUGAUUGCCAUCAGCUCAAAUUUCCUACAAACAAUGGAAAGAUUUGGGCUGAUAUUUCUCUUCCUUAUUUUACAGAUUUCUCACUAUAUAUAUUUCUAGAAGAGGCUAUAUAUAUCCAAUGUACUGAGAACAAAUGCUAUCAGGCAUUAAGUUAAUUUUUAUGUUGGAAAUAUACGUACUAGUUUCUAAUUUCUGUUGAAUUCAGUAAUCUUGUUUUGAAAAGCUCAUGUCUGAUCUGCAUUGUCAUUUUUGCUCCAAUAUCCACUCUGUAGACUUUGGAGGGAAAAAAUGUGUUUAACUUGCUACCCAAUAUUUUCUUAUUUUUUUCCUACUCUUAUUCAUAUGGGAGAAAGGGAGUAACAACUUGCAAAGCAGUGUAUGUUUUUAAUGUUAUAGCAAAAAGUAACUUUACCUAAAACAGGUCCGUUAUUCAAAAUGGAUGACGCUAACUGUAAGAUAGUGUAUUUUUCUCUUUGCUGUUUUUGCACUCUUUAAUUGCACUUUUUGAGUUUGAAGAGCCAUUUUGGUAUACAGUUUAUAUUGAAGAUGCUAUGGAACAUAAAGUUGUGUUGCAUGCAGUUUAAACUAACUUAUUUGACAAUGGAUUUUAUCAGAGUACUGAAUUGUAUCAAUUUGUUUGUGUUCAAUAUCAACUUUGAUAAUUGUGUACCUUAAGAUAUUGAAGGAGAAUAUAGAUACUUUACAA